ACAGUUAUUCAUUUACACAACAACAACCACAAUACCCUGCGCCGUAGCGCGCAUGCGCCCAACCAGUGUCGACCCCAGCCAUCUAUUAUGCUUCUUCGCAAUAAAAGCUACCCGAAAAUCUGCAAGGAAAACGCUACCGGAGCCGGUUGGAGUGAAACGUGCGGACACCCAGGUCCUGAGAUGGGAUGUGUGUGUCGAGGUGGGACUAAGGAGCAGCAAGAGGAUCAUUGUAACUGAGCUAAGAGACGUACAGACGUCAUUCAAGCAACUUCUUCCCCUAAACUGAGCAGAAUGUCUGUAGUCACAUCCCCUGCCCAGGUGCCUCCACCUAUUGUGAACCCUCCCCCUCCUGAGGUCACGAACCCUGGUAAGCCUGGCCGAAAAACCAACCAGCUACAAUACAUGCAGAAUGUGGUUGUGAAGACUCUAUGGAAGCAUCAGUUUGCGUGGCCCUUUUACACACCUGUGGAUGCCAUCAAAUUGAAUCUGCCAGACUACCAUAAAAUUAUCAAGAAUCCAAUGGACAUGGGAACCAUAAAGAAGCGACUUGAGAAUAACUACUAUUGGACUGCUGGAGAAUGCAUGCAGGAUUUUAACACUAUGUUCACAAACUGUUAUAUCUAUAACAAGCCCACAGAUGACAUUGUCCUCAUGGCUCAAGCCUUGGAAAAGGUUUUCCUCCAAAAAGUAGCUCAGAUGCCCCAGGAGGAGGUGGAACUUUUACCCCCACCACCGAAGGGUAAAGCACGGAAACCUGGAGCACCCCCUGCUUCAGAAAUCCAACAAUCAAUAGCACUGACUACUGGCUCCCCAUCCUCGUCAUGUCCGAGCUCCCCUCCUCAGCCGGCUCCGACUCCUGUAAUAGCUGCGACUCCAGUCUCGACCAUCACCUCCAAUGUCCAAGCUGUUCCCCCUGCCGCGUCCAUGAUCCCAACUGCACAGCCAGUUGUCAAAAAGAAAGGGGUGAAGCGGAAAGCAGACACUACCACACCCACAACCUGCGCGAUCACUGCCAGCAGAAGUGAGUCGCCCACUGCGAUGUUGGAGUCCAAACAUAGUAAAGUCAUUUCCAGACGAGAGAGCACUGGUCGACCCAUUAAACCUCCCAAAAAGGACCUGGAGGAUGGGGAUGUCCAACAACAAGGCAACAAGAAAAACAAGCUCAAUGAUCAUCUCAAAUACUGUGACACUAUCCUUAAAGAGAUGCUUUCCAAGAAGCAUGCUGCCUACGCCUGGCCCUUCUACAAGCCUGUAGAUGCAGAAGCCCUCGAGCUGCAUGACUAUCACGAAAUCAUCAAGCAACCAAUGGACCUCAGCACUGUCAAAAAAAAGAUGGACAGUCGAGAAUACCAAGACGGCCAAAGUUUCGCAGCAGAUAUUCGGUUAAUGUUCUCAAAUUGUUACAAAUACAACCCACCCGAUCACGAGGUCGUUGCCAUGGCAAGAAAACUCCAGGAUGUGUUUGAGAUGAAAUUCGCCAAGAUGCCCGAUGAACCCGCAGAGCCGUCCUCGCCCAGUGCGGUAUCAGCCACGGCGGUGGUGAGCAAGAGCACCGGCAGCAGCGAGAGCAGUGCCGACUCUUCCAGUUCCAGCUCCGACUCGGAGGAGGAACGGGCCACUCGGCUGGCUGAGCUGCAGGAACAGCUGAAGGCUGUUCAUGAACAGCUAGCCGCUCUGUCACAGGGUCCUGUGAGCAAACCAAAGAAAAAGAAAGAGAAGAAAGAAAAGGAGAAGAAGAAAAAAGACAAAGAGAAGGACAAAGACAAAACCAAGGUGAAGGUGGAAGAUGACAAAAAGGCCAAGUCCUCACAACCGAAUAAGCAAACUCCGCAGAAGAAGACCUCUGCGCGGAAACCCAACAGCACAUCCACCACGAGGCAACAGAAAAAGGGGGGCAAACCUGGCUCUGCAAACUACGAGUCUGAUGAGGAGGAGUCUCUUCCCAUGUCUUAUGAUGAGAAACGGCAGCUCAGCCUGGAUAUCAACCGUCUGCCGGGUGAAAAACUGGGCCGCGUGGUCCACAUCAUCCAGUCGCGUGAGCCCUCGCUGCGAGACUCCAACCCAGACGAGAUCGAGAUUGACUUUGAAACGCUCAAGCCUUCCACGUUGCGUGAGCUCGAACGAUACGUCAAGUCGUGUUUACAGAAAAAGCAACGCAAACCUUUACAGAAGGCGGGGUCAGCUCAGGGGGGCGGGCCAUCUCGUCUGAGUGGCAGCAGCAGUUCUUCAGAUUCGGGCAGCUCCAGCUCCAGUGGCUCCAGCUCCGAGAGCAGUGACUCAGACUGAACUCCAAUCGGCGCGUCACAUACUUCAACCUCCUCUAUUUUCUAACCAGUAGUGUGUGUUGUCAUGAUAGUAUCUGUCUGAAGGCCCAUUUUAUAAAGAACUAGACGCAUUGCAGAAGGCAGAGGAUAUUUUAAAAUAGUUUGUAGGAUGCUCUUGGCUCAGACAAAGAGGAGAGUUGGAAUAGUUCAAGCGAUUUUAAGGUUCUCGCUGGCCCUCAAAGGGAAACGCCUGGUAUCACCAGAGGAAAAAAAAGACAAAAAAAAAAAAAAGAUAUUUUUUUGAAAAUACGUCAAUUGUGGAGGUGAAACGGUUGUCUGUAUCCGUUGUUUGUUUAUUUUUUUUUUAUCUUUUUUAGGUUGCUGCUCGUUAGAUCCAUAUUGGAAACAUGCAUUACUUGUUACUUAAAAAAACUGACAAAUGCCUGGCUGUAUUUUACUGAUCGAGUAGCUAUACAAAGUCUGAAGGAACAAACAAUGAAUUAUCGGCUCUCAUUCUGGUGUGGUUCUGUCAUGUUGGCAUGACUUUUCAGCUCAUUCCACAUUUCUUUUACUGACUUUGAUAAUACUUGUCAUUGAGUUUUUUUUUUUUUUGUUUUUUUUUUAUCCAGCAAGGCACAAAGUUAUGUGUUUUUCAGCAGAAAUGUUUCCAGUUGACCAGUUUAAAUGUAAGAAAUUUGGCUCAACAUAACUCACUAGUAUUCUAGACCACAUCUGGAAACUCUUUAUUAUCAUUAUUGAACCAUUUUCAGAGGCUUCGCAAUCAUUUUUGGCUAUUUCAACAGUGUAAAUGUUCCGGUGCUGUCAGCUCAGUAUUUGAUAUAGAAUUAUGUCUAAUUUUUUGUUUGUCCGUUUUUAAUCUGUAUCAUACGCUCAUUUGUUUGCUUUCAAUUUGGACUGUCGUCUUCCUACUUUUUUACUAUUAAUUUGUAGGCUUUAAUUUCCUACCCUCUAUCUAAUAUGCCUCAUCUUUACUAAGUCCACUCAUAGAACAGUCAAAGUUGUGAAUUAAGUUCAAAUAAAUAUGAGAUAUAUGGGAUUAUAUUUUUCAAAAGUGAUGGCAAAAAUACAUUCAGCCCAUAAAGCUGCAGAUUAAAAUGAAUCCGCCUCUGUGAAACUCCUACAUUGGAAAACCAAGUGAAUACUACCGUAUUUUCCGGACUAUAAGUCACACUUUUUUUUCAUAGUUUGGCUGGUCCUGCGACUUAUAGUCAGGUGCGACUUAUCAAAAUUAAUUUGACACGAACCAAGAGAAAUGAACUAAAACAAAUGAACCAAUAGAAAACAUGACCGUCUCCAGCCGCGAGAGUGGGCUCUGUGCUGUGCUCAGUGUUCCUGUAGCCUACACUGAAAACAUAGAGCGCCCUCUCGUGGCUGUAGACGGUAAUGUUUUCUCUUGGUUCUAAAUAAAUGUGACUUAUAGUCCAGUGCGACUUAUAUAUGUUUUUUUCCCUCAUCAUGACGUAUUUUUGGACUGAUGCGACUUAUACUCAGGUGCCACUUAUAGUCCGAAAAAUACGGUAGGUCUCUUGGACAAAUAACUACUUAGAGAAGAUCUCCUUUAAGGAAAGACAAAAUUGGACCGUUCUCUUUGACAAGAUUUCAAACAGCUAUGCUAGAUGUCGUUUCAGAAGGAUAUGUGUUUGAUAAUGGUUCUUUUUAGUUGACAGUAUUACAACUAAUGUAUGUUCUCAGUUUUAAAGGUGCUGUAAGUUUUUGACUCUACUAAAACAUAAAAUACCAUUUGUUUGCAGAUAUUUAUGAAAGUUAACUUGCUUGUUUAUCUGGAAAAAAAAAAAAUGCUACAGUCAGUUAUUCUCCUUUAGAAAAUGUGUGUUCCGGGUCGGAAUGUUGAUCUUUGUUUUGGUUUGUGAAACACACCCACUGCUAGUUUACCCAAUUGUAUUCAUUGUAUUAAUUUCAUUCAUCUGAAGUGCGCUUGUUCCUGUUUGUGUUGUCAAUCUGGCAACCUGCAUGUGCUUGAAGUGUGAGGAAGGGGGGCCAAAUAAUAAAAUAACAAAAACCCUCUCCAAUAUUUUGAAUUUGGACUGCAAUUUCUAAUGUCAAUCCUACAUACAGCACCUUUAAUAACUUUAUUUUACUUUAGUUUUUCUCAAAUGGUGUAUCGAAUGCUUUCAAUGGUACCUAGGCACUUCUUGCUAUGUAUUCAGAAUAGUUUGGAAAUGGACAUAUGUAUUCAGAAUAGUUUGGAAAUGGACAAUGACUGAUAAUCUUUAUAAAAAAAAUAUGAAUGUAUUAGUUUUAUUUUUUCUUCUUUUCAUUUUCUACUUGUGGCUGCAGUAAUGCCACUCAUUCACUGGGUUUGUAGCUUUGGCAAGGUUUUAUUUCAUGCAACAGCCUUGAAUUUAACUCUGAACCCCUCAAAAUCAUUGGAUGUGCUCUUCUUGCCUUAAGUUUAAUUGGCACAUUAAAAAUAAAGUCAGAUUGGUCCGGUAUAACUAAUCAAAGUUGAAGACAAUGUGUAUAUUUUAUUAUUAUUAUUUUUAAUCAUGAAAACACAAAAAAAUCGCAAUGUAAAGUGUUUUUAUUGGUUUUCUUAUAUGUAGGAUGCUUUUAAUUAUGGUUUGAUUUUAUUCAUUAUAGCACUGUAUUGCAUUACAUGUUUCUUGUGACUAUUACUUAUCUUGUCUCAAAGAUGAUUUCUGUUACAGUUCCUCUUCAUCAGUUCCUCCAGCAGAGCCCAGUAAAUAAAACUGAGCUUCAUGAUGCAGACAGAGAUAUAAAGAUACAUAGGAUAUAUAAUUACAGAUAUAAAUGUAUAUUCACUACUUAUAAGUCAACUCUGUCUUGGGUCUAAGUAUUUUGGUUCUUUUUUAUGAGCGAGAGAGAACAUUUGUGUAUUGCAUGCCAAUUUACAGUAUAUUUCUUAAACUUUUUGAGCAGUUUAUAACAUGUAAAUGUCAUUCUUUAGAGUAAAAUUUUAAAAUUGGUAGUACUGCAUAUGUUAAGGUCAAGUUAAAGCAAGUUGACAAGUAUGUUUUGGCACAGACUUGCGUGGUAAUAUCUGAUGCAUAAGCUAAUCUGAGAUUUGGACACUGAGCCCCUCGUUUUUUCAUAAAUAAAUCACAAAAACCCA